AUGGGUGAUUCCUCAUCCUUUGAUAUCAAAGUGGAUGACAUUAGUCAGUUGUUUGACCCAAAGAGUGACGAACAGUUACAAAAGUUAGGUGGCGUUGAUGCUAUUUGUAAAAAGCUAAAGGUCGACCCUUCCUUUGGUCUUUCAGCCGACCAAGGCAGUAACCAAGAUGCAUUUAAAGAACGUCAAGAGCACUUUGGAAGAAACGUACUUCCUGAACCAAAAAGUAAAACCUUUCUUCAGUUACUAUGGGCGGCUUAUAAUGAUAAAACGCUUAUUAUGUUAAGUAUCGCUUCUAUUGUCUCGUUAGCUGUGGGUAUCUGGGAAGACUAUUCUCCUCGUCACCCAAAGGAUGAACCUCGUGUAGGAUGGGUUGAAGGAACAGCCAUUCUCGUUGCUGUUUUGGCCGUAGUCUUGACAAAUGCUAUUAAUGAUUAUCAAAAGGAGGCUCAAUUUAAGAAGCUCAACUCGAAGAAAGAAGACCGUGUUGUUAAAGUAUUACGUAGUGGUCGUGAACAGCAAAUUAGUGUUUAUGAUCUUAAUGUCGGCGAUAUUUUAAUUCUGGAACCCGGCGAUAUUAUACCCGUGGACGGUCUCUAUCUUAAAGGCCAUAAUUUGGCUUGCGAUGAAUCAUCAGCCACUGGUGAAUCUGAUACCAUGAAAAAGAACGUGGAAGGCCGUGGUGAUUGCUUCAUUCUGUCCGGAUCCAAAGUCCUCGAAGGCGUUGGUCGUGCCGUUGUCUUGGCGGUGGGUGAACAUUCUUUUUUUGGAAAGACCAUGAUGUCGAUGCGUGGCGAUGAGGCUGAGGGUACGCCACUGCAAAUGAAAUUGGAUACACUUGCUGAACAAAUUGCCAAAUUGGGAUUUGCUGCCGCCGUCCUCAUGUUAAUUGCCUUGGUCAUCAAAUACUUUGUCACAGCUGCUUUGGCUCCCGAAUUUCCACCUGUAGGUGAUAUUGCAGCCUCUAUGAUUAGUAUUGUCAUUCAGGCUAUUACCAUUAUUGUUGUCGCUGUACCAGAAGGUCUUCCUAUGGCUGUGACGAUGGCUCUGGCUUUUGCUACUACUCAAAUGCUCAAGGAUAACAACCUUGUCCGUGUCUUGGCUGCUUGUGAAACCAUGGGUAAUGCCACUGCCAUUUGUUCAGACAAGACAGGCACUCUUACUCAAAACAAGAUGACUGUCACACACGGUACUCUUGCUCAAGAAACGUUUGAAAAACAGGAUGAUGUGAAGAGUUGGGCAAAUAAGGUAGACAAAGAUCAUGUUCUGUCUUUACUGUUUGAAACUGUUGCCGUCAACUCGACCGCUUUUGAAGACAAAAACGAGCAAGGUCAACUUGAAUUCAUUGGCUCCAAGACUGAAUGUGCCUUGCUGGGAAUGACCAAGGCUUUGGGAAACCACUAUGAGGACGUUCGACAUGAUGCUACCGUUGCUAAAGUUUAUCCAUUUGCCUCCAAAAGAAAGACCAUGACCACCAUUAUCCAGACUAAAGAAAAUUCAGCCCGUACCAAGACCCAGUCCGAUUACCGUGUUCACGUCAAGGGUGCUUCUGAAAUCGUUCUCGAAGGAUGCACAAAGUACUUGGACAGUAAUGGCGAGGUACAUAAGCUUGAUAAAGAAGCUAUUGUCAAGUGGAACGGUAUCAUUUCUAGUUAUGCCGACAAAGCGCUUCGUACCAUUGCUAUUGCUUUCCGCGACAUCUCCAAAUCUCAAUACAAAAAAUUGAAUGAUGAUGAACCACCCAUAGAAGAAUUAACAUUGGUUGGUAUUGUCGGUAUCAUGGACCCUCUUCGUCCUGGUGUGGUCGAAUCUGUUUCUGCAUUUAGACAAGCUGGUGUCUUUGUUCGUAUGAUAACAGGUGAUAAUCUGAACACGGCAAAAGCCAUUGCUCGUAAUGCCGGUAUCUUGACUAAAGGAGGUCUUGCCAUGUCAGGUCCUGAGCUACGUAAAAUGUCAGUUGAAGAGCAAAGAAAGGUUAUUCCUCGUCUACAGGUCUUGGCUCGCUCAUCUCCUCAAGAUAAAACCAUUGUUGUUUCUCGUCUUCAGGAACAAGAUCAGGUUGUUGGUAUGACUGGUGAUGGUACAAAUGAUGGCCCCGCUUUAAAGAUGGCUGAUGUCGGUUUUAGUAUGGGUAUUGCUGGUACAGAAGUCGCCAAGGAAGCGUCUGAUAUCAUCUUGAUGGACGAUAACUUCAACUCGAUUCUGAAGGCUCUUUUAUGGGGUCGCGCUGUUAAUGACGGUGUUCGCAAGUUCUUGACUUUCCAAUUGACUGUUAAUAUCGCUGCUGUCGUCUUAUCCUUUAUUUCUGCUAUUGCUUCAGAGAAUGCAGAAAGCGUUUUGAGUGCUGUUCAACUUCUUUGGGUAAAUUUAAUCAUGGAUACCUUGGCAGCCUUGGCACUUGCCACAGAGCCUCCUACAAAUGACUUACUGCAACGCAAGCCCAUCUCAAAAUAUGCACAUCUUAUCAACUAUCGUAUGGCUAAAAUGAUCCUUGGACAGGCUAUUUUCCAAAUUGCUGUCAAUCUCAUCGUCAUCUAUCUAGGUGGACCUAUCUUCCACUUGCACGAUUCUGAGUACGAUCAAAAGGUACUCAGAACAAUGGUGUUUAAUAUUUUCGUCUUUUUACAAGUAUUUAACGAAAUCAACUGCCGACGUAUCGACCAGACCUUGAACGUGUUUAAGGAUAUGUUCGACAACUGGAUCUUUAUCGCAAUUCAAGUGCUAGUUAUUGUUGGCCAAUUCCUUAUUGUCACUUUUGGUGGAAUCGCCUUCAAAACCGUGCCUCUCUCACCUCAGCAGUGGGCAAUUACUGUUGCUAUUGGUGCGCUCUCUCUUCCUGUCGGCUUCAUCAUUCGCUUGCUACCUGACUGCGGUGGACGAACUAAGGGUGUAUUCUUUGCUCCGUCGUCACCGCCGUACAAGAAGUCGUGA